CAGGGGAACCAAAUGUUUGACUUUUCUCACAUAUCUUGAAAUGUGCUUUUAUUCAGCUCCUUAACGUGUUGUGCUUCAGUGAAACUUAAAACUGUCCCAGCGCCGGGGCGCACACUUUGCACGGGGGGUAUUUCUAAUGAAAUGGGUGUUGCAGACUGAACUAGCAAGUCCCGGGGCAGGUCCUGCCAUUGCGUCGCCAAGAGUCCGGAGGCUGAGGUUUGUGUGGACAUUUCUGGGAAAGCCUCCCAAAGAGAACCUGUGAAGGCGCACAGCCGCGUCGCAGACUCGGUGUUCGUCCUGCCUGAGUCCAGAUGUUCCGCUCACAAUCUGUUGGACAUAAACAAUGCCCAAGGAUUAAUUGGAUAUAUUAAUUUAUCGCGUGAGUGUAUUUUUAGAGAUGUGACGUGGUCCAAAACUUUUCGCCGAAAGACUUCAUUCAUUUCCUCUGAGGGCGGGGGGAUUAUUACAACGUUUUGGAUGUUUGUUUAACAGGAUCUGAUCUCCUGGGAUUAAACUUGUAAACGUUGAGAUGAAGUUUGGGAUAUAACUGUUUACGCACAAAAACUCUUUUUCGCUUUGUCUGUCAGAUGCAGAGCAGACAGAGAAGUGGACUUCCUCAGCAGAAGGCAUGCUCUGAGACUGUUGUGCUGCUCGCUGUUUGUCUUCAUCUGGAAUUCAUUGAUUAACAAGAAUAAAUGCACUAAAGACGCGCCGGGAUCACGGCUCCAUCCCUGGAUCUUUAUCUUCCCCUCAGUGAGUGUUUAGUUUACUUUAUCUGACAUAUCGCCAGAAUGCGGGGGGGUUUUGUUCUCACUUUGUCUCUGAUAUAUCUGUUAACCUGGGCAGGCGAGGCCGACAGACAGACUCAAUUUAAGCGAGCGCAAUUAUAUAGACGCUCAAGGCUGGGACGCACCCAGCCUGGCGCAGCGGACAGGGAGCGCCUCGUUGGACGAACGCACCCUGGCUUUGGUUCGGCAAUCUCUGUGCACAGUUCCUGGACGGAGGAAGAUGUGCAGGCUGACGAGGGUGUUCCAGCUUCCGCCAGGAGAGGGGCUGUGCAGCGCAGGAGAGCAGGAGGUCAGGGUGCAGCUCCAAGGAGAGGGGUGCUGCAAGAUGAGGGCACUCCAGGAGCGAGAGCCAGGGUAGCCCGGAUGCCCAGCAGCGCGGGGUCACCAAAUCUGCUGGCCACUUUCGCAGGGAAGAACCGCGUCCUGGUGAUCUCUGCGCCUCAUGAGUCAGACGGCUACUACCGGCUCAUGAUGUCUCUUCUGAAAUCAGACGUGUACUGCGAGCUCGCCGAGCGACAUGUCCACCAGAUUGUCAUGUUCCAUCAGGAGGGAGAGAUGGGGGGCAAGGUGAGGAGGAUCACCACGGAGGGGAAGGUGAUGGAGGAGCCGCUGGACACUGCACUCAUCCCCAGACUCAUGAGCUUCCUCAAACUGGAGAAAGGUAAGUUCGGGAUGGUGCUGCUGAAGAAGACCCUGCAGGUGGAGGAGAGGUACCCGUACCCUGUGAGGCUGGAGGCCAUGUAUGAGGUGAUCGACCAGUCACCCAUGAGGAAGCUGGAGAAGCUCAGACAGAAGGGCUUCGUACAGAAGUGCAAAGCAGCAGGUGUGGAGGGCCAAGUGGAGGAGGGCACGCUCACAGUGGCUGCACCAGUACAAAGAAAACCAGGGAAGAAGAUCCCAAGAAAGCCCACAACAACAACAACAACAACAACAACAACAACAACAACAACAACAACAGCUGCCACCACCACAACAACAACUGCAGGACCAAUCACGACAACCCCCACCACUACAACCCGGCCGACCACCACCACCAGAGCAACAACCACCACCAAACCCACCACGACCACCACCAGAAGAACCACCACAAAACGAACCACCACCACACAGAGACCCACCAGAGCCCACACCACGGCGCUGUGGCUCCCAGCCCCCAGAACCACUGCUGAUCCUUACCACUACAGCCGCAGAGAGAGGGAGAGGAGCGCGGCUAAAACCACCCCGGCUGGAGACAACCGCACUGACAAAGACAACAGAGAUCCAAACAGCCAGAAGCUGGUGCCCGCCACGCAUAAACCCUCCAGGACUAAACCCAUCAAGAGGAAAAACGGGGGCGAGAAGGUGUUGACUAAUGAGUAUGAGGACAAGGUUGAACCGGGCAGGCCAACAGUCAGCGAUCCGGGGGAAACCUUCACCGACGCCAGUCCCACCAAGAAGGUCAAAAGCAGGAACGAUAAGCACGACAAGAAGAAGAAAAAGAACGACAAGGCUGCAAAGAAAGCGGAGAGGAGAGGAGGGAAGGCAGGGAAGAUCGGGGGGAAGAAAAAUGGAAAGAAGUUGUCAAAGUAUCCAGAGAAAGAGGACUUCCCGAAGCCUUCCAAGAAGCCGACGCCCCCUCCGAAGGGAUCUCUGGCCUCCUUCCUGGACUACUUUGAGAACAGGAGGCGGCUGCUGCUGAUUACGUCCCCCGGUGAGGAGAACACGAUGUAUGUUCAGCAGAGGGACGAGUACCUGGAGUCUGUGUGUGAAAUGGCCAUCAGGAAAGUUUCCAUCAUCACCAUCUUUGGCUCACUGACCAACUCCACCAUGAAAAUUGACCACUACCAGCUGGAACAUGACAAGCCUAUGAAAGGUCUUCGUCAGGAGGACCUGGUGAACCAGGAUCUGAUCACAGAGCUGAGGAAAGAGUUCAGCAUGACCUACGAUGAUUUCUACAUGGUGCUCACCGACGGCGACAUGAGAGUGAAGCAAUCCUACGAGGUUCCCAUCGCCAUGAAGGCCGUGUUCGACUACAUUGACACCUUCUCCUCCCGCAUCUCAGAGAUGGAGCAGCAGAAGAGAGACGGGGUUGUGUGUAAGAAGGAGGACAAGCCCAGAUCAUUAGAGAGCUUCCUCUCAAGGUUCCGCUGGAGACGUCGCCUGUUCAUCAUCUCCGCCCCCAACGACGAGGAGUGGGCCUAUCAGCAGCAGCUCUACGCCCUGACCAGCCAGGCCUGCAACCUCGGUCUGAGACACAUCGCCAUCCUGAAGCUGGCCGGCACCGACCCGCUGGACAUGGGCGGAGUCUUGGAGCUGUUUCCGAUCAAUGGAAGUGUUACUGUGGAGCGUGAAGGGGUGUCAGCCAACCUGGUGAAGGACAUGAGGAACUACUUCCAGAUCAGCCCGGAGUACUUCUCCAUGCUGCUGGUGGGGAAGGACGGCAACGUGAAGUCCUGGUACCCCUCCCCCAUGUGGUCCAUGGCCAUCAUCUACGACCUGGUGGACUCCAUGCAGCUCCGCAGACAGGAGAUGGCCAUUCAGCAGUCACUGGGUAUGCGCUGUCCCGAGGACGAGUACGGGGGCUACGGCUACCACCAGCACGGAUACGAAGAUGGCUAUCACCAGGGUUACGGUUACUAACUCCUCCACCAGGCACUCGGCUCAGAUGGAGGGAGGUCCUUGAAUGUUUCGUAGCACUUAGUGAAAGCCUCUGAACUGUUGCUUUCACCUCUCCAGACCUUUUAAACAUAGCAUAGUAUGCUGCGAGUCAUGUGAGGGGCUUUCAUCAGAACCCACAGUACAUGUGUAGAUGAGCUCUUUAAUCAGAACCCACAGUACAUGUGUAGAUGAGCCCUUUAAUCAGAGCCCACAGUACAUGUGUAGAUGAGCUCUUUAAUCAGA